GCAAGGUUUCUAAGGGGUUCGGGGGUAUGCUCCCCCCAUAAAAGUUUUGAAAACAAGAUGCCCUGAAAUGAACAGACAGACCGCGUAUCAGGCAAUCGCUUUGCCACUGGUCUACGUUCCGCUCCCUUUCAGAGGCGGUUUAUCCUAGUAGCACGUGCCACGGUCCCCGCGCUUCAAGGGCCCCCGUGGUGAUGUGUACAUUUAUUUUCCCCAGGUCGUCUAUCCCCUCUCUCCGAGAGGAUGCAAAAUAUUCUGGGCAGGGGAACGCACUGCAGGUUUUUUUUUAUGGGAUAUUUUAUAUAUGCACUUUCCAACAAACAUGACAGCACAUACAUCCACCUUUGGGGGAUGGGGGUGGGCGGAGGGGGUCAGAAUAGGCGCGUAGGAACGAUAUCUGGAUAUAUAUUUUUUUAAUAUUAAAAUUACAAUUGCAGAAACACGUCCGCUAGACUAGUUUGUGUGCUUCACAGUAAACCAAAUGGCAUCGUCGGGAACCAAUCAAAUAGUUCGAGAACAUUAGCGUAACGUUUGCUGGCUGAACUUGAGGGAGGUGCUCCUGUUCAGCAGGAUAGAAAUUCAAUCUACCAACCAACGAAAGCGAAACUUCGCACGUGACCAAUGUCAACAAAGAAUGGCGGAUAAAGAUGAGGAGAGGAGUUUUCUGAUAAGAAGAAGUUCACUUACAACUGAUGAUCUAAGACAUUUUUCUGUUCAGGAUGAUAUAAUAACAGUGGAAGGACGUGUCAACUCCACGACUGAUAAUUCCACACACCAUGACAACUCUGUAAACCAUGGCGGACAGUCGGCUUCAAAUGAAGUCAUCAUUGACCACACAGCAACCAUUCCAGAAAAACUCCUGUCAGCAAAAUAUGAGAGCAUGGAUUAUGAUGUGUCCGAGAAUGUUCUCUAUCAGCGUGAGGAGAAAAAGAGGGCCACAAAGGAGAUUAUCCGGAAGGAGUUCGCGCGCUGGUUUGUUGCGUUGAUGACUGGCGUGUUGACGGGCCUUGUGGCGUGUUUUAUCGACGUGAUGGUGGAGAAGUCGUCGGUGCUCAAGUACAGCUACAUCAAAAAGUAUGUUGAUAGCUGUGUUGAAGAUCACUGUAUGUUAAUCCCGCUGUUGCUGUGGACGGCAUUUAAUGCAGGAAUAUGCAUGAUUGGGGCCAUAAUGUGUGCCUACUUGGAGCCGGUGGCGGCAGGGAGCGGUAUUCCACAGAUCAAGUGUUUUCUCAACGGUGUGAAGAUUCCGCACGUUGUGCGCCUCAAAACGCUCAUUGUCAAGGUUCUCGGGGUCGUCUGUGCUGUUGGCGGGGGUCUGGCUGUCGGCAAGGAAGGACCAAUGAUCCAUUCUGGGGCAGUAAUCGCAGCGGGUGUUUCCCAGGGCAGAGCCACGUCUUUCAAAUUUGAUUUAAAAAUCUUUGAGUAUUUCCGGACUGACACGGAGAAGCGAGACUUUGUGUCGGGUGGGGCGGCAGCGGGGGUGGCGGCAGCGUUUGGAGCCCCUGUCGGUGGGGUUCUCUUCAGUCUGGAGGAGGGGGCCAGCUUCUGGAACCAGGCUCUCACCUGGAGGAUAUUCCUGGCUUCCAUGACGUCUACAUUCACACUGAAUGUCGUACAGAGCUAUGUGAAAGGUCAUCCCUGGGAUCUGUCGUCUCCUGGCUUGAUCAACUUCGGAACAUUCGAGAAUACUCAGUACUCUGGAUUUGAGAUUCCCAUUUUUAUAGUAAUGGGUGUUAUAGGUGGUUUGCUCGGAGCUCUUUUCAAUCAAAUAAACUACAAACUUACUGUGUUCAGGAUGAAAUACAUCCACAAUAAGUGGAGCCAGGUGCUGGAAGCCAUGAUGGUUGCCGCUAUAACUGCCGUGGUGGGUUUCAUCUCCAUCUACUUCAACAACGACUGUGAACCAAUGAGACAGAACGUACAGGAGUCACCUGUUCAGUUUUUUUGCAACGAUGGCAAGUUCAGUUCCUCUGCAACAAUUUUCUUUCAGACUCCAGAGUCGAGUGUGAAAAAACUUUUCCAUGAUGAACCAGGGUCGUACCAGCCAAUCACCCUAGGGUUCUACACACUGCUUUACUUCUUACUGGCUUGCUGGACGUACGGCCUGAUGGUUCCUAGCGGACUCUUUAUUCCCAGUCUUCUCAUUGGUGCAGCCUGGGGUCGCAUGGUCGGCAUUCUUCUACAGUUUCUCUUCCCUGCUGCGGACUGGGUCGACCUGGCUAAAUAUUCUCUCAUUGGAGCAGCAGCUCAGUUAGGUGGAAUUGUUAGAAUGACCAUUAGUUUGACUGUGAUCGUUGUUGAAGCUACGAGCAACGUUACGUUCGGUCUUCCUGUUAUGAUAGUACUGAUGGUGGCCAAGUGGGUUGGCGAUUUCUUCAACGAGGGUAUAUACGACAUGCACAUUCAUCUACAAGGAGUUCCUUUGUUAGGCUGGGAACCACCAGAGAUGGCAUCAAACAUCAGUGCAACGGAGGUGAUGAGUCACCCUGUAACUGUGUUCAAGUCUGUAGAGACGGUCGGACAUAUUGUGGAUCUGCUCAAGAAAGACAAGCACAAUGGCUACCCAGUGGUGGAAGAUGAUGCUGAAACUAGGUCAAAGGAAUCAACAACUGAGAUGGAAAGCUUUGGAACAUUUUGCGGUGUUAUACUGCGGUCACAGCUUAUUGUUCUACUUUCACUGAAGGUGUUUCGUGAGAAUCCAGACAUCAUCACUUUGUUACAGACACUAAAAACGUCACAUUUCAGAAAUCCUUAUCCACGGUAUCCAGAGAUUGAGCAACUUCCCAUUAAACAAGAAGAGAGAGAAAUGACAAUAGAUUUGAGGCCUUUUGUUAAUCCGGCCCCUUAUACUGUAACAGACGGUGCUUCACUGCCGAGAAUUUUCAGGUUGUUCCGAGCUCUGGGUCUCAGACAUGCUGUGGUCAUCAACAAAAAGCAUCAGGUUGUUGGUAUGGUAACAAGGAAAGACGUAGCACGGUACAAGAUCUGGCGACAUCGUGGACAACUGGGUAUGGAAGAACUGUUGGUUUGUCACACAUGAUGAUGUCAGCUUAUUUUAGAAGGCCUGAUGAACAUUCCAGUCAAACGAAUUGAUACCCAGUUAAUAGAAUUGAUAAACUGGAAAUAGAUUUGAUAAACUGUUAAUAGCCUUGAUAAACUGUUAAUAGAUUUGAUAUAAAUUUUAAUAGAUUUGAUACACUGUUAAUAGAACUGGUAAGCUGUUAACAAAAUUGAUACAGUCUUAAUAGAAUUGAUAAACUGUUGUCCAGUCCUAUCAUAUGAAUGGAAGAGUUUUUAAUGUCUUCAUUCCUGAUUGGACAAGAUUGGUUGAAUUAUAUUUUAUUUUUUACUUGAUUGGAUAAGCCAAAAAAUUGAUGCCAAUUGUGAUAUCUAUUGAAUGAAGACUUCUGAUAGUUGGUUGAAUUGGCUGUUGAAUAAUUAUGAGAGCUGUUUGGAUUGGCUGUUGAAUAAUUAUGAGAGCUGUUUGGAUUGGCUGUUAAAUAAUUAUGAGAGCUGUUUUGAUUGGCUGUUGAAUAAUUAUGAGAGCUGUUUUGAUUGGCUGUUGAAUAAUUCUGAUAGCUGAUUGGAUUGGCUGUUGAAUAAUUCUGACAGCUGAUUGGAUUGGUUGUUGAAUCAUUCUGAUAGCUGAUUGGAUUAGCUAUUGAAUCAUUCUGAUAGCUGAUUGGAUUAGCUAUUGAAUAAUUCUGAUAGCUGAUUGGAUUGACUUGAAUAAUUCUGAUAGCUGAUUGGAUUAGCUAUUGAAUAAUUCUGAUAGCUGAUUGAAUUAGCUAUUGAAUAAUUCUGACAGCUCAUUGGAUUAUCUGUUGAAUAAUUCUAAUAGCUGAUUGUAUUGACUUUAAUAAUUCUGAUAGCUGAUUGGAUUAGCUAUUGAAUAAUUCUGACAGCUCAUUGGAUUGGCUGUUGAAUAAUUCUAAUAGCUGAUUGGACAAGCAGAUUUUUGUAUAAGUUUUUAAAGAAUUUUCUGAGUUUACUGUCAUUGUAACAUGUUUUCAACUUAUGAAGUCCUUUUUAACAACUAUAGUAACAUAUUAAAUACAUUUUAUCAGUUUAAAAUAUCAUUGUCUGUAUAUCCAAUACGUUUCUGGUCAUCCUAAUGUUUAUGUCAGCUCAAACUAAAUUUUACAUGAGCAAAAUGUUUUAUGUACAAUA